UCAUCACAUUAUCAUUAAUUAUUUUGGCAAUGACGAGUAAAAGUGUAAGCAAGAAGAAUGCUGGGAAAACGACGGCGACAAAAAGUGUCAGCAAUAAUCAUGCGCCGUCACCGAAUCAGGAAGCAGCAGCACUGAGGACUUCUCAUGGGGGAACAAAAACGCAAAACACAGUCGUGCGUGCCAAGUCAGGGUGGGAUAAGAAAACUUGGAUAGUACUUAUGCUCAUGAUAACUGGAGUAAUUAUGAUUUGGAAGAUCGACGAGGGUUCGCUUUACAAUCUUCGCACGCUCCUAUAUUUGACGUCACUCCAGAGCUGGUCGUUGAGGUUAGGAGCGUUUUACGGGCUUACGGACUCUAUACGAUUCAGUAUCAGGAUGUCAAUAAUGGGUUUAGAAGUUCCUUCUUCUAUUGCGUCUUUGAUGAAGAUAAGGUUUCCAGAGUUAACCAUUCUAAUCGGACUGAGAGAUUUUCUAGAGGAGAUGGUGAAGUACACACUUGAUUACCGCGUAGAAUUCGAUUUAGGGCUUACCCGUGAUUUUUGCUCUGGUCUUCUUUCCGGCGAAUCAAUUAUUAUUCCCGACGGUGAAGGAAUCGAAUCUUCUCCCCACGCUUUGCUACACCGAUUUUUCGAUACUGUAGAAGCAUUUGCAGUUUCGUUGGGGAAGGAGAGAGAAGAUGAGUGGAGCAAGCUGAUGAAUCUUUUGGGUUCCGAGUCAGUCAAUGACUUGAAGGAUAUAGCUUGCGAGCUUCACGUUCAAGAGCCCUUAUUCUCUAUCAUGAAAGUCCAUAUGGCUUUGCUUCCCCUGACGGUUAUUUCGACUUUCCCUCGCUACGACGCUACCGGUUACAUGUUUGUUUGGGAGGUGGUUUUGGUGCGUGUGUGUUUGAUGGCGAAUCCUCCCUGGACAAACGAAGAGAUGAAUCAUCAUAAAGCCUACUCCGGCAACUUGACGACGCCGACGGAGAGCUCAUCGUUGAAAAGCCAAUCGGGAAUCGCCAUGAAUUGGACCUCUGAAGAAGACGAACGUCUGGUUCAACUCCUUGAUAGUUAUUCGUCGGAAUCGAGUGGUGCUAUUACACGUUACUCGAAAAUCGCGGCAGGUUUUGAGAAUAAGACCAUCAGGGACGUUGCUAAGAAGAAAGAAAACGCUAAGAGAAGAAAGGAAGAUCACAAUGGAUUGGGAAGAGCCAGAGUUGACAAUAAGGAGAUUAUUGAUAUGGUGGUGGCUUCACAAGUGUUUCAACCAUCUCAACAUGGGGUUGAGAACGAGCUUCUUAAACAGAAUGAGCAAUGGUUCAAUCAGAUUUGUGCAAAUUCCACAUCCUUAAGCCUCACAGAAAACAUGGACCUUUUCAGCAAAAUCCGGGAGAACAUCAUUAGCCUUAUCAGAAAACUGAGAGAUUGCCUAGAGGAGAUGGUGAAAUUCACACUAGAUUGCCGUGUAGAAUUCGAUUUAGAGCUCACCGAUGAUUUCUGCUUUGGCCUUCUUUGCGGCGAAUCAAUUCUUCUCGACGGUGAACGAAUCGAAUCGUCUUCCCACGCUUUGCUACACCGAUUUGGAGGUGUUCCUGAUUAUCCCUUGUACAAGCUUCUUGCUUUAGGUCUGUUGAAAUCAAUUGAUUUUGGUUCUGUCUGUGGAACCUUUGAGAAUAUUUCGUUGGGGAAGGAGGUAAUCUGGUUGAAGGAGAGAGAAGAUGAGUGGAGCAAGCUGAUAAAUCAAAAGGGUUCUGAGUUAGUCAAUGCCUUGACGGAUGUAGCUUGCGAGCUUCACGUUCAAGAGCCCUUAUUCUCACUCAUGAAAGAUGGCAUCAAAACAGUUGAAGCAAGGUGUUUUGAAGCAGAGUAUGAUAGAAUUCGGCGAAGAGGUUCAAUGAUUAUGAUAAAUAAAUGUCUAAUGUUUGAAGUUCUGGAAGUUCACCAAUAUCCAUCCUUUUACGAGCUGUUGAAAGCCGAGAGUUCAGAGAAAGUGUUUCCUGGUACUAAAACAGUGGAAGAAGGUAUGCAAAUGUUUAGGAAGUUGUAUGAUAUGGAUCAAGAGAAUUCCAAUGGUGUUGUGGCAAUCAAUCUCAGUAAAUCAGUUGUCCAGCCUUGUGUUGCUUUGGCUCACAUACUGUCUGGCUUGAGUUACACUGGCGUUCAAAACCUUCUUGGUCUUUCUCACACAACUGGAUCCAUUUUUCAUGCUCUGCCUCCUCCAAGAUCGAUGCUACUCUCUUCAUUCAUGCUUCCAUAUAAGCCAAAGAUAAAAGGUUCUAGAUUGAGCCAUGGAGCUAGAGCAUUAGCCAAGCAUGUUGAUCGAAGUAGUGAUGGAUUUUGGGGUGUUCUUCAGGGAUCUGAUUCAGAUAAAAAUAAGUGUGCGAUGGACAUUAUCAAUCGGUUCAUUGGCCAUUGUUGUUGGAUGAACAUACAUAUUGUUCCACCACACGGGGAAGUGUUCGAGAUAAGAGUAACUCAAGGCUAUGGAGCACGUUGGUCUCGAGAUGGAACCAAAUUCAUUGGAUUUCUUGAGCCUUACAUGGAGGAUGGUCACUCCAUGGCCUGGAAGCAUUAAGACCAGACCUGAAAACAUCUCUGUGUCUCUAGGACUUCGUAAACUUUCUCUUGUAGCUGAAUCGUUUUUUCUUUCGACAAGUGUAAAUUUGUAAUGUUCAUUUUCUUGUGACAAUAAAAUUAAUUUCUUUUUUCUAAGUAAAGAUUUCGUGGUUGAUCUUGUUAUGAUUAGCCGAUUAGGGUAUGAAAAGAAUGAAACGAAAAUAUAAGGGACCAAAGUGUAAGACACACUGUAAAAUUGGGAAAAACUGUGAAGGGACUUUCAAGCGAUUAUAUGAUUGGGCCUAGAGCCCAUUGUUUGAUAAAUAGUCAAGAGGGUAAAUCUGGAAUUUCAAGUUUACGAAUUAGGGCUUCUUCUUGAUACAAGUUUCAAAUCUCUUUAUAUCCUCGCGGCGGUGAAUUUUCUCGAGUCUCUCUGUGGACGGCGGCUAGUUUCAACCAACAGAUCCGAUAAUGCCUAAGCAAAUCCACGAGAUCAAGGACUUCCUUCUGACAGCUAGAAGGAAGGAUGCACGAUCUGUGAAGAUCAAGAGAAGCAAGGAUAUUGUCAAGUUUAAGGUCAGAUGUUCGAGGUACCUCUACACUCUUUGCGUCUUUGACCAAGAGAAAGCCGACAAGCUUAAGCAGUCUCUUCCUCCAGGUCUGAGUGUGCAAGACCUUUGAAGAUGAAGCAAACUUCUUCUGCAGAUUGGAGUUCCUUUGGUGAAGAAUCUUUUGCAUCAUCUUAUAAUUUUCUUAGGAGAGUUUAUUUUGUGUCGUUAAAUUUAUGUUCAGACUUUUCCAGUUUGAUUGUGUUUUGGAUUUGAUUCAGUUUGAAAAACCAAAUACGUUCUCAACUCUGAAUUCAAUUUGGAUUUUUGUGAUCAGACGGCUUUCUCUAUCAUUAAAUUACAAUCACAUUC